UAUAAUUAUUCAGUUCUACAAGAAGGCCGAGAAGGCGAAAACCCAGCAACAGGAGCGAAAUGGGCGAAUCUAUGCCCAGAUGACCACACUGCGCACUUGACACUCCCCGUCGCCGGAAGCUUCACGCCACGUCUGGUAUCUGUUCGCCGCCGAUCGGGUCGCCGACCGAUUCUCUUCGUCGAAACGGACGUGCCGGAGUCGGUAUCCAUGACGGACUCCAAUUCCAUUCCCAGCUCUGCUCAUCCGGCUUAUACGGAGAUCGUCGUCGUUCGUCACGGCGAGACGGAGUGGAAUGCUGAUAAAAGGAUUCAGGGACAUGUCGAUGUUGACCUGAAUGAAGUUGGGAGACAACAAGCUGCUUUGGUGGCUGAUCGACUAUCCAGAGAGUGUAAGGUUUCUGCUGUAUAUUCAUCCGACUUGAAACGAGCUUUUGACACGGCGCAAGCAAUUGCUGAUAGAUGUGGUAGUAUUGAGCUUCCAGGUCAUCAAGGAACCAGGGCUACGAGAAAGGCAUUUAGGGGAUCUACAAGGCCUUUCGUUAAGUGAAGCUGCCAAAGCUUCUCCGGAAGCAUAUGAGGCAUUUUUAUCCCACAAAACCAGCCAAGAAAUCCCUGGCGGUGGUGAAAGUCUUGAUAAACUAUAUGAGCGUUCCACAUCUUCAUUUCAAAGAAUUGCAGCAAAGCACAGAGGUGAGCGAGUGGUUGUGGUGAGUCACGGAGGCACCAUCAGAUCGCUACACAAGCGAGCUUGCCCUAGCGGGAGGCCUGCAAAGAUACUCAAUACUUCUGUCCACAUCUUUCACAUAUCCGAUGGAGACGAGUGGACCAUAAAAUCUUGGGGUGAUGUUAGCCAUCUCAACCUAAAGGGAUUCCUGGAGUCCGGUUUUGGUGGCGACAGGACCUCUGGUUAGCUGUACUUAGAACCAACCUUCCUCCUAGCAAGGAAGUAACUUCUUCAUACUACAAUGGACAGCAACCCUCUGAUGUAAUGAAAGAGAUUUUACAUUUGUACCGAUACUUACUGUUGUUUCAUGGAUUAUAGCUGGCUGGUAUCUGCAACUGCAAGUAAUCCACUUUUUUUAAGCUGUAUUAUUAGCUCCUCAAAACCUUGCAGUUACAUAACUUACCUUGACGGGAAGCUGUCACCAUGAAGCAAUGCCAAUACAUGAGGAGGAAGCGU